GCGGCCGGCCGGACGCCAUGGCGGCGCCGUCCCCCGGCCAGCGCGGCCGCGAACAGGUGUGCCCGCGCGUCCCCCCGCCGGCGACCAGGAUGAAGGAGCCGCCCUCUCGUCGCAACAAGUACCUCCGCAGCCGCUCGCCGGUGCACGAGAUCCUCGCAGCAAAAGGUGGCAGCACCGUCGACCGGGGCGCCGAGGACAAGCGCUGGCGGAUCCAGAUGAUGAUCGAGUAUACGGCCAUCCCGGAGAACAGCGAGCACGAGCCGGAUCAGGGGCGCGCCUCAAAG